AAGAGGGCUGGUUCCUUUAUGGAGAGCGCUAGGAAGUCUGGGCCUUCCCAGUGUAGAGAAUUCAUCAUCACCGUUUUCAUUUAACUCCCUCCAGCAUGUCGGGCCUUCUCCAAGCUUCUCAGAGGGCCUCUGUGGGACUCUACUUGCUAGCGCUGUGGGGGGUGGUUGGAGGGGAGAAGCUGCUGGUUGUCCCUGUGGAUGGAAGCCACUGGCUCAGCAUGAAGGUGAUCGUGGAGCUGCUCAGUGAGAGGGGCCAUGACAUCGUGGUGUUGGUGCCAGAGGUCAGUUUGCUUCUGGGGGAGUCGCGAUACUACAGCAGAAGGACCUAUCCAGUGCCCUACACCCAGGAAGAGCUGAAUGACCAAUUCCGCUCUUUCGGAAGAAGCCACUUUGCUGAGAGCUCUUACCUGAGCAGUCCUCUGACCAAGUACAGGAACAUCAAGAUUGUUACUGACAUGUACUUCACCAUCUGUGAGAGUCUCCUGAAGCACUCGGAGACCCUGCGGUUCCUCAGGAAGAGUAAGUUUGAUGCCCUUUUCACAGACCCGGCCAUUCCCUGUGGUGUGAUCCUGAGUGACUACUUGGGCCUGCCCUCCGUGUACCUCUUCCGGGGCUUCCCGGCUGGUCUGGAGCAGGCUAUCAGCAGUAGUCCAAGGCCCCUGUCCUACAUUCCCAGGCCCUUUACUCAGUUCUCGGACCAGAUGACUUUCUCACAAAGAGUGACCAACUUCUUUGCUACUUUGCUGGCGACUGCUCUCCUGUACCUGUACAACUUGCGAUUCCAAAACCUUGCCUCAGAGUUCCUCAAGAGAGAUGUGGACCUGGCGACAUUAUGUCAGAAGGGCUCCCUAUUGCUCUUAAGAUACGACUUUGUAUUUGAGUACCCCAGGCCAGUCAUGCCCAACAUGGUCUUCAUUGGAGGGAUCAACUGCAAGAAGGGGGGACUGCUAGCUCAGGAGUUCCAAGCGUACGUGAAUGCUUCCGGGGAGCACGGGGUCGUGGUUUUCUCAUUGGGAUCCAUGGUCUCCGAGAUACCAGAGAAGAAGGCAAUGGAGAUCGCGGAUGCUCUGGGGAGAAUUCCCCAAACGGUCCUGUGGCGGUACACCGGACCCAGGCCAUCUAACCUGGCCAAGAACACGAAACUCGUCAAGUGGCUGCCCCAGAAUGACCUCCUUGUCUCACUCCGGCUGUGCUAG